CUCUGUCAGAAACAUCAAGGAAGAGGAGGAUGCGCGUCGCCUCAGAUAUGGAUUACAAGAUUGUGUUUGCAUCCUUGGAGACGGUAUGUGAAGACAACAUUGCUUUUCUGUGUGGAUCUGAUUUGCCGUACGGCGCUGUUGCCAAGCGCCUGGUGACGUGUCUGAGACAGAUUCAGGAGCACGGACAGGCCCUGCAGCCGGUGGUCGGCAGCUUCACCGCCGUCUUCCACCAUUAUGACUUUGACGCACAAACGCCGGGGAAUGGCUACCGCACACUGGUGAAGGUGUUGCUGUCUUGCCUUUUGCACAUCAUUCACAAGGGACGCUACAUUGCCUCUAAUUACAACAGUGCCUUCUUCAGGGCGGACCACAAUGCCUCAGAGAUGGAGGCGUACAGCAGCGCUCUGUGCCAGCUGCGCGCCUUGCUCCACCUCGCCCAGCGGCUCCUCAACGACAACGAGUACGGCCAGCUGUACGCGCUGCAGGACGGGGACCUGAGCGGCAGGUUCGUGCAGGAGUACAGCUCCAUGCAUAAAGCCUGCUUCUACGGACGCUGCCUCGGCUUUCAGUUCUCACCGUCUCUCCGACCGUUCCUCCAGACCGUUGUCAUUAGCAUGGUUUCAUAUGGAGAGACAUUUGGUAAACAGCAGUCUGGCUUGGGUUUGGCCGCCCUUUCCCUUCUCACAUCAGGGAAGUACGUGAUGGAUCCAGAGCUGCGGGGCGCUGAGUUUGAACGCAUCACCCAGAACCUGAACAUGCAGUUUUGGAAGUCCUUCUGGAACCUCACAGAGUCCGGCCUUUUGACAGGCUUCAGCAGAAUAGCUUCCAGCCCGGUGCAGAUAAACCUGACCCUGACUGUGCCUCCUGUGACUCUGCGCCUUCCCCUGGCUUCGGACCCCAGACUAACAGCCACCAUUUCUCCUCCCAUAGCCCACUCGGGCCCCGGGCCGGUCCACAUGCGCCUCAUCUCCCAUGAGCUUCGAGUAGGACAGGAGAGUGAAGAGCUGCUUAGUUAUUCUCGAGACGAUCCUCCCCCCAUCACAGCCUCUCAGCUCCCCUGGGUGCAGAAGCAGCCCCGCUCCCCCUGGCUGCUCAUCCACUUCCACGGGGGGGGCUUUGUGGCCCAGACUUCCAGAUCCCAUGAGAAUUAUCUCCGGAUUUGGUCGAAGGAGCUCAAUGUUCCCAUUCUCUCCGUGGACUACUCUCUGUCACCUGAAGCGCCUUUCCCCAGAGCUCUGGAGGAAUGUUUCUACGCCUACUGCUGGGCUCUGAACAACUGCCAUCUGCUGGGCUCCACAGCAGAGCGUGUUUGCCUGGCGGGGGACAGCGCUGGAGGGAACCUCUGCAUCACCGUGUCCAUGAAGGCCAUAUCCAGCGGCAUCCGAGUCCCCGACGGCAUCAUGGCUGCCUACCCCGCCACCCUGCUCACCACUGACGCCUCGCCCUCCCGCCUGCUCACGCUCAUCGACCCGCUGUUGCCUCUGGGUGUUCUCACAAAGUGCAUCAAUGCCUAUGCAGGCACAGACAGUCAGACGGUGCAGCCUGCAGUGGAGAGCAGCAGUCUGAGCGCUCUGGGCAGAGACACCGUCGUGCUGCUGGGUGAUCUCACUCAGGGGGCCUCCAACUGGAUCCAGUCCUUCAUGGACCCCACGCGGACCACCGGCGGAGCACGCUCACUGUCGUCCUCUCAGAGAAGCUAUCAGAGCGAUGAAACUGGCAGGACACCCUCUCUCACCUCCACACCUCAUUGUGGAAGUGACUCGGAUUACCCAGAGGGCUUUAAGCCCCUGCGCUCGGAGUGCCUGGCCUUUGUGAACCCAACUUCCUGCCCCAUCAUCAGGAACCCGUUUGUGUCGCCGCUGUUGUCUCCCGACGAGCUGCUGAGAGGCCUGCCGCCUGUGCACAUCGUGGCCUCAGCUCUGGAUGCCUUGCUGGAUGACUCUGUGAUGUUUGCCAAGAAGCUGCGAGACAUGGGCCAGCCUGUGAGCCUGACGGUGGUGGAGGACCUGCCUCACGGCUUCCUCAGCCUGUCGCAGCUCUCCAAGGAGACGGAGGGCGCUGCGGAGAUGUGCGUGGAGCAAAUGAGGGCCAUUUUUCAGCAGGAAGACCAGAAGCCUGCACUCCGCAAACGGCCAAAGCUGGAAGAGACCUAUCAGAGUAGCAGUCCAUCAUCGGGCUGAUUUAUCAGCCAUGAGUGGGACUUUGUAGUUCUUGGAUGAAAAAGAGAUCUGACAUGAGUUGGUGGGAGACAAGCAAUACAUUUUAGAAAAAGGAGAGAAUUAUGAAGAAAUAAGUAGAGGAAGCUUAGGCACGCUGCACUUGAAACGAUCAAGAAGAAACAGCUACUAAAUGAUGACAAAUGGUGAAAUAAUGGAGUAUUUUUCUAAAAAGAUUUAGAUUUAGAUCAAACGCACAUUGAGGAUAUAUCAGACUCCACUAAAACCAGCCUUUUGAUUCAUUUCUUCUUGUAAAAAAAGGCUAUUGUGCCUUUAUUUUAAAGAGCUGCUCCAAGUAUACGAGCUUCGCCUACAUUACGGCACAAACAAGUUGACUUGCACAGGGAAAACAUUCCACAUGCACUGUAUUAUUAUUAUGAAUAGUAUAAUAUAAGGAUGAAAUAGAUAAUCUGGUUAUUGCCAGUGUUAGUAGUAGUCACGUGUUUACAACAUAUUAAAAGGAGGCCUUCACCCUGUGGAUCUGGGUUAUGAAUGUAACUUGUUGUACUGUAAAUUCAUUAUUAUAUUUGUUGAUAUAAAUAUUUAACCCUGAAUUAAAUCAAAACAGUAAAAAAUGA